AUGAUCACCGACGGCUCUCUCGACAAGGAUCUGGAGAAGGGUAAUGACAAGCAAGUCGUCGUGAUCACAGAGAAGAACUCAGUGUCUUCCCUCUCGUCAAGCUUGUCGACAUCAUCAACGCUUGUCAGUUUGUCAAAACCCGAGUUGACGCAAGCCGAGGAAUCUGUUCCACCGAAACGACAAGCCAGGAUCGUUCGAUACCUACGACACACCGGCCUCAAUGUCUAUCGACGCAUAUUCUCCAUCGUAUUCCUCGCUAAUCUUGCUGGUUUGAUCGGCCUAUUGGCGUCGGGUCAUUCUUCCAUCUUGACCCACAUGCCGUAUGCGGCCAACGCUGCAGCAGCGAACUUCUUAGUCGCAAUUCUGAUACGUCAAGAUUAUAUCUUCAACAUGAUCUUCAGAAUGUGCCAAUUGGUGCCACUGUCGGCGCCACUGCGACUCCGCAGAGUACUAGCCAAAGUUUACGAACAUGGUGGUAUGCAUUCCGGAUGCGCGAUCGCCGGAACCAUGUGGUUCAUCUUGUUGACCGUCCUCAUCGUCGUAAACUUCGAGACCGGCGCAAUUAUCCACACGCCUGUUGUUCCGAUUUUCACCGUCUUUUUGCUCAUCAUCUUCCUGGUUAUGUGUGUUUUCGCGCAUCCUACCAUUCGUCACAAGUUCCACAACUCGUUCGAGUUUACUCAUCGUUUCGCUGGUUGGUGUUCAAUUGUCGUCUUUUGGGUUGAUCUGGUUCUCAUUGCCGACACUGUUCGUAUUCAGAACACUACAAACCCUGACCCGCUUGGUUUGGCUCUGGUCAAGAUGCCUGCAUUCUGGUUCCUCAUCAUCAUGAGUUUCCACAUUGUCCUGCCUUGGCUUCGUCUUCGCAAGGUCGCUUUCACCGCCGAACGUUUGUCGGAGCACGCUGUUCGUCUGCACCAUAAGGAACAGAUGGGUCCAUACCGCGGUAUCGCAAUUGCUGAGUCGCCUCUUGGCGAAUGGCACCCCUUCGCCUGUUUCCCCGAUGGAGAUGGCGUGAACAACAGCAUCAUGAUCAGCCAUGCUGGCGACUGGACUCGCAGAACCAUCGACAGCCCCAAAUCACACUACUACGUCAAGGGUCUUCUCAAGACCAACGUCUUGAGUAUGGCUUCCAUCUUCAACCGUGUGUUGCUCGUCACCACCGGCACAGGCAUCGGUCCCGCACUUUCUUUCGUCGCCGAGCCCAGCCGCAAAGGUCAAUGCCAGGUCUUGUGGGUGUCAUCAUCUCCCGAAAAGACAUUCGGACAGCCUUUGAUCGACUGGGUGUACACUCUCAACGGAAAUGCAAUCGUGUGGGACUCGAAGAAAGACGGUCGUCCUGACAUGGUUGCGCUGACGUUGAGGCUGUACAAGGAGAUGAAUGCUGAGGCUGUCUUUGUCGUGAGUAAUCCCAAGUUGACCAAGCAAUUGGUGUAUGGGUGUGAAAGCCGUGGAGUGCCAGCAUACGGACCUAUCUUCGACUCUUAG